AUGUCUCCAACAAUUCUCACCAAUGGCCGUUUCGUCGGCGAUGGUGACUCGUAUCGAGAGUGUAUGAUUGUCGAAGGAUCUAAAAUCACCUACAUCGGAUCUGCAGACGACAAAGCAGUUCAAGACGCAAAAUCUCAAGGCGCAGAGGUUCUCGAUCUUGAUAACCGCGUUGUUCUUCCCGGAUUCAUCGACAGUCACGUCCAUCUUUUAUUCUUUGGUCUUUCACAGCAAAAGCUCGAUCUUGGAGGCUGUAAAUCCCUACAAGAGAUUCGGCAGCGGAUAACAGACUUCGCUGCUGCCAAUCCUGACCUGCCCAGGAUUCUGUGCAGGGGAUGGCUUCAAUCUGCGACGGAUGGAGUUGCCCUUGCAAGUAUGAUUGAUGAUAUCGACCCACGACCUAUUUUCAUCGAUUCAAACGAUCUUCAUUCAGCGUGGUGCAACACCGCUGCUCUGAAAGAACUACCAAUUGAUGAGAUUAAGGCGACGUGUCCCGAACAUAUUACAUGCGAUGAGGACGGGAAUCCAACUGGACUCUUGGCAGAAUUGGCUGUUAUGGCAUUUAUCUGGCCCCAUCUGAUCCAGUCACUCUCAAUGGACGAUAAACUUGAAGCCCUGGAACGCGCUAUUCAGGCUUAUUCUGCCGAGGGAUACACUGGCGUUAUCGAUAUGGCAAUGGAUGCAGUAGCUUGGGAAGCUUUGCAGACGUUGCGAGAGAGGAAGGGGCUCAAUCUUCACAUCGCAGCUCAUUGGUUCCUUGCAUACGCAGCAGAUGAGAAGGCCCUCGACGAGAAGAUCCAAGAAGCCAUCGACAUGCACAGUAAAUUCCAUCCUUCGAAAUCACCCGAAUUCUGCAUCGUUGGCGUCAAGCUCAUAAGCGAUGGUACAGUCGACGGCUGCACAGCCGCAUUGUCAUAUCCUUACGGCGAAUCAACUGAUCUGGUGGAACCGCUAUGGCCUGGUGAGGCAAUGAACCGCGUUCUGGCACAGAUCACAAAAGCUGGAAUGCAAUGUGCCAUCCACGCCAUCGGCGAUGUAGCAGUCUCUCAAGCCAUUUCCGCCAUCGCAAGCACCAACAAUCCCACCGCGCGCCACCGUAUCGAACAUCUAGAAAUGGCCACCCCCGAAGACGCCCUCCGUCUCGGCAGUCUCGGCAUCACCGCCUCCGUGCAACCAGUACACAGCGACCCCGCCAUUCUAGAAGGCUACGAAAAGCUCGUCAAGCCCUCUGCGUGGAAACACUGCUUCCCUUACAAAGAGUGUCUCGAUGGCCACGCAAACGUCGCUAUAGGGACUGAUGCACCAACGGCGCGACAUCUGCCGUUCCCGAAUUUGUAUAACGCUACGACGAGAAAGUCGGCGCUGGAGCCGGAGAGGGAGACGGUUACGAAUGGGGAUAGUGCGUUGACGCUGGAGCAGGCUAUGAAGGGCGCGACGUACGGGGCUGCGUAUUCGAGGUUUGCGGAGGAUUGGACGGGGAGGUUGGAGAAGGGGUUAAGAGCGGAUUUUAUGGUACUGCCGCGGGUUGUGGAAGUGGAUGGAUUAUUGGAGAUGAAGGUUGAUGAAACGUGGUUUGGGGGUGAGAGGGUUUAUAAGAAGUAG